AUGGAAGUGUACGCAAAGUAUUAUGAUGUCAAGGUCUGGCGAGUUAUCAAAAAGCGGAACUAUCCUCUGUCGGCUGCUGCUAAACCACCUAUUGAUCCUGAAGAUAUAGAUGAAUAUACUGAUGAACAAAUGGAAGUUGUGCAAGUUAAUGCUAAAGCAAGGAAUCUACUUUAUAAUGCUAUAAGUGGUGAGGAAUAUGAGAAAAUCUCCAGUUACGAUACAGCCAAAGAGAUGUGGGAUAAACUUGAAGUUACUUAUGAAGGAACCAGUAAAGUAAAAGAAACCCAUAUCAACAUAUUGGUUUAUGACUACGAACUCUUCCAGAUGAAAGAAGGAGAAUACAUUGAAGACAUGUUUGCCAGAUUUAGCAAAAUCAUUAGCGAUCUAAAAGCUUUUGGCAAACCAUACUCAAGUGGUGAUCAAGUUAGGAAAAUUUUGAGAAGUCUACCCACUACUUGGCAGACAAAAGUGGUUACACUUGAAUCACAGGAUUUGAAAAAAUUAUCAUACGAUGAACUUCGAGGAGAACUUAUAGCCUUCGAGAAAACUCAUCUCAAGAAAACAAACCAAGAAAAAAAGAAGAAAAUAGUUGCUUUCAAGGCUACAACUGAAAGAGCAGACAAUGAUAUUGAUCACGACCCUGAAGCUCUUCAAGAAGAAAUUACCAUGGUAUCAAGGAACAUGGAUGCUUUAAUGAGGAGAUACAGGAAUACAAGAAGAGGCAGGAUACCACCUAGGAGAACUAGGAAAUAUAACGAACAAGACAAAAAUGAUGGCAAAUGCUAUGAGUGUGGAAGAUUUGGGCAUGUUCAAGCUGAGUGUCCUGAUCUUAAAAGAAAGGUUUCCAGAGGUUUUAACAAGAACAAAUCAUUUGGAAGCUGGAGUGAUGAAGACAGUUCAGAAAACGAAGAGAUAGCAAAACUAUGUUUCAUGAUAAUUCUAGAAAAUGACAUGAACAAACUCUCAGGGUGCUGGACAGAUGAGGACACUUUAGAUGACGAAUGCAAAGAUGACAAUGAGAACUGUUUCAUGGCGCAAGGUAAAACAAGUGAGGAUAUUCUUGACCUUACUUUGAAAGAGUCUCAAAAAAUGAUAAAUGAACUAAAGAGACUCAACAAAGAUGUAAAAGACUGGAAACUCAAGCUUGAAGUAUGCGAAAUUGAAAAAGAAGUACUUCAAGAUGAGUUUCAGGAAUUGCAAAUGCAACUCAAUGGCAUGCGCAAAUCCAUCAGUCAUAGUUCUGUCAAGUCGAACCAGGAGACUUACAAGUCAACUGGAGAAGGACCAGCUAGAACACAAUCUACUAGUACUAGCACAAAUGAAAGAUCCAAAUGUGGAUCAGGACUUACAUAUCACUACUGUAACAAAAGUGGACAUAAAUAUUCUUUUUGUCGAUUUCGUAAAUCAAAUAUCUCAGGAUGGAUUUGGAAACCAAAAACAAUCCUGAGUCCA